UUCUUUCUGAGCUCAGGCGACCAGAGUAGCGAUUCGGAGGCAAUCCGGAAAGUAACCACCAAAAUGGAGAAAUUAAAGAAUAAGCUCUCCGUCAUUCAACAGAAAGUUCUGCGUUUCCGCCAGCAGCAGUUCACCUUCAUCACCGCUCUGGAGCGCACCCGGGAACGGGCCCAGCAGAGGACAAAGCCCAUCUCAAGUACUGCUCAGGUGCAAUGCUGCUUAGACGAGUACUGUCAGAACGCCACGGACCGCCGUGUCCUCUCGCUCUUUCUGGAGAUUGUACACGACCUCAGUGGGCUUCUUCAGCAAAUUGAAAGCCAGUUUACUGCUGCAAGCAACCAACAAAUUGAGGGCCUGGAGGAGUGCAAGAGGCUUCUGAACCCCAACAAUGAUCUAAGUCGCCUAAGAGCCAGAUACCCACAUGAUGAGGUGAACCGCCUAAGCUGCGAUGAGGCCCGAAAUUAUUAUGGAGGAGUGGUAAGCUUCAUUCCCAUCAUCCUGGAUCACCUUCAGCAGGGCCUGUUGGCUGCCGAGCGCCUUCAGAAAACAGCAAAGCCAGUUGGGGAAGGAGGCAAUGAGGUGACCUCGGAAAAGCCAGACGCCGUCGCACCAGUAUCCACGCCAAGGUCUCGAAGUGGCCGUGUCCUGAAGAAGACAACUGGAACUCAGUCAUUGCUGCACUGUAACCUGCACAAGCCAAAUGGCCACUCAGAGCUUUGGCAUGGUGGCAAACCAGCAUGGAGACCACCUGGUCGCACUAACAAAUUCUGACAUUGUCUUUUCAGCUGCUGAUAUUCCAACCUUGAUUUAUAUGAAGGCUUACCUCUUAAUCAUUGUCUUACAACACUGGACAACAAAUUAUUUAAAAAAAAAAAAAAUUGCUUCCUGAAAAAUCUUUAGUGAUGA